ACUCAUCAGAGAAGGCAGAGAGAGAGAGCAAUGGCGUCUAAUACCAUAGAGAUGCCCACAGACGCUGAGCUGCUGCAGGCACAAGCUGACCUGUGGCGCCACAGCCUCUACUACCUCACGUCCAUGGGACUUCGGUGCGCCGUCGAGCUUGAGAUCCCGACUACCAUCCACCACCUCGGCGGGGUGACUUCGCUGCCCAACCUGAUGUCUGCGCUGUCCCUUCCCUCUGUUAAGAUGCCGUUUCUCGGCCGCCUCAUGCGCGUGCUCGUCACGUCGGGUGUCUUCGCAGCGGACAACUCCGAGUCCGGCGAGGAGCUGUACCGCCUCACCCCACUGUCCCGCGUGCUGGUGCACGGUGUCGUCGCCGACGAGCACCACAGCCAGAAGUACUUCGUGCUCGGUGUCACCUCGCCGCAUUACACGGAGGCAGCGUUGGGGCUGGCCGACUGGUUCAAGAAGGACACCGAGCCACCGGUACCGUCGCCCUUCGAGGACAGGUAUGGUGUGCCACUCUUUGAUGAGAAGACGGCACUCCUUGACAAGGAGCUUGACGACGUUGUGAACAAAGGCUUGGCUGCCCAUGACAACUUGGGGAUUGCCACCAUACUGCGUGAGUGUGGUGACAUCUUUAAGGGGGUCGAGUCUCUGACUGACUGUUGCGGUGGUGAUGGAACCACGGCAAGGGCCCUCGUCAAGGCUUACCCGCACCUCAAAUGCACUGUGCUAGACCUCCCGAAGGUGAUCGAGAAAGCCCCAGCUCAUGAUGUCAUUGACUUUGUUGCCGGUGACCUCUUCCACACCGUCCCACCAUCUCAAGCUGUGAUGCUCAAGCUUGUGCUUCACUUUUGGAGUGAUGAGGAUUGUGUGAAGAUCCUAUCCCAGUGUAGGAAGGCCAUUCCUUCACGCGAGGAGGGAGGGAAGGUAAUAAUCAUCGAAAUCGUGGUUGAACCUUCCUUAGGACCAAUAAUGUUUGAGGCCCAACUCUUGUUUGAUAUGCUCAUGAUGGUGAACACAAGAGGAGGUCAACGUGAUGAAAAGCACUGGCGUGAGCUAUUCAUGCAGGCUGGGUUCACAGACUACAAAAUUGUGAAGAAACUGGGAGCUCGAUCCGUCAUCGAGGUCUACCCGUAAGAUGUUGUUCCCCAUGGAUAUAAAUAAAGGAGUUGCUUACUUUUCUAACAAAAGGUUCCACGGAUCUUACAGUAGCUGAA